AAACAUAGAGAUUGUUGAGGACGAUAUUUUGUCCACAACGUACUGUUUAUCCUUUCAGUCCUUGUUUAAGGAUCACUUAUGCAAAGUUUCAAUCAAAUUAAUCGCAAUAAUCGUUUUGUCAUACCAACAAUUUAAUCAGGUACAUCGAUCAUAGAAAAAAACUGGCAAAUAGAUUGUUCGUAAGUAUACACAAUAUUUAAACUGGCAUAUCAGGUACAUCAAAUGGCUAAACAGUUUUUGUUUUUGAAAGGAGCUAAAACAGUUUUAUAUUUGAUUGAUCUUUUUAUUUUUAUUUUACGUAACUUUCAAGUUUCAACUUACAAAAAUAAUUAGGACUAAUAUAUGCAAUGUGAUGUCGAUCUUCAGGUAGCUUUGCUGGCCAAAACUUCUGUUCUUUCUUCUACUCUAUUAUUUUUUCUUACCCAAUAUGUUCUCCGGAUUAGUCACAUAUACGAAUGGGUCAAGCAUAUUAACAUUGAGACUCGUAUAGGACGAUUGCUUAAAGGGGUAUUGGAUCUUUGUCCUUUCUUCCUUACUGCUCAUCUUUUUGGAGGCAUGUGGUAUUUUUUGGCCAUUAAAAGAGAGACGAGGUGUUGGCUAAAAGCCUGUCGAAAUGUUAAAGAAUGUUAUCCUGCAACUGAAUAUGAUCUAUUCUGUGGAAACCUAAAUGAGUUUAGAAUGCAUAAUAUCAGUAUUAUAAAUAGAUUAUGCCCUAAAUCCAUCAAAUGCAUCGGUGUUGCACUACGGUAUAUAUCUUGAUGUUAUUAAGUUCGGUACAACGAGGACAACAAAUUUCGGAGCAAAGCUGUUGCAGUGCUUCU